GAAACUUGUUAGGCUUGAUGGGUAGGUGCACUAGUUGGAGGGGAUUUCAAAGCAAAUAAAUAGCAGCUCCCUCUAGCUAGUCAGAAAUGGAUUUCCACCUGUGUGAACCUCCGACUGGGGAGAGCUGCUCUUAAAAAUACUUAACUUGCUGUAUGAGGAAACUACCAGAGAAAGUAUUGUCUCUCAGGCUUCAUAAUUCUUCUACGAAAGAGUGAUUUUGGAAGACUUGCUAGGCCACCUUGCUUGAGGUACCUUUUUUUUUCAGAAGGAGCAUGGCUUGCUGUGCAUUACAAAUCACCGGGCUAAUAUUCGGAGGUGUGGGCAUGGUCGGGACUUUGGCAGCUACAAUUAUGCCACAAUGGAGGGUUUCUGCCCACAUUGAGAGUAACAUCGUGGUGUUUGAGACUAUCUGGGAAGGACUGUGGAUGAACUGCGUCAGCCAGAUGGGCAUCAGGCUGCAGUGUAAGUUCUACAAAUCUAUCCUAGCUCUGCCCCCAUCCUUAGAGGCGUUCAGAGCCCUCAUGUGCAUUGCGGUGCUCCUGUCAAUCAUUGCCUUUUUGUUGGCCAUUGUCGGUGUGAAGUACACUCGCAGGACCAAGGAGAAUCCCCAGAGCAUCAGUAUCUUCAUCCUGGUAGCUGGAAUUGCCUUUCUCCUGACGGGCAUCCUCGUUCUGAUCCCUGUGUCCUGGACUGGUGGCAGUAUCAUUCAUGAUUUCUAUAAUCCAAAAGUCCCUACACCACUGAAACGAGAACUGGGAGCUGCUCUCUAUGUGGGCUGGGCGAGCGCUGCACUCCUCAUCGCUGCGGGAGCAAUGUACUGUAGCUUCUGGUGCUGGGCUGGUAAAUCCCCAAAAUCCAGGAAUGAAAACUGGCAUGGGAACAGCAGCAGCUAGGAGCCUCUCACAGAAGACUAAGAGAGUAUGGCUGGGCUGGAAGGCGGGCACCUAUUGUGCAAUAGUACCUUUGCCCUCCCCUAAGCCUGUGACAUGCAAGGGGAGCAGUGCAUUUAUUCUAAGGUAAAGUCUUUGUCAGGACUGUCCCAGGACAGUGAUGAGAAGCAUGGAUUGGCAGCAUGGUGGAAGCAGUUGCUGAAUGACUGGAGAAGCCCCCAGUGAUCUUAUUUUCAAUAUCAGCACACAAAUGUUCAUGCUCCCCUGUUAGAGAUCUUUGUGAUUGACUAUGUGUUUCACAGAUGCUUGCAGAUUUGAUGUAUCCUUCGUACCUCUUCUGCAGGGCACAGAAUCCAUCUCGUGGAAUAAUAAAUUUUUUAUUCACUUCACCAGCUUUUGUCAUGAAUGUAUUAGCUUCCCGUUGCCUAGUACCUUCCAUCUUUAAUGGCUUCUCCUGCUCUAUAGAUAGCAUCUCCUCUUCUAUAAAAUUCAGGACAGACUACCUGUCUUUGUGCACUUUAAAGCACUGUGGUAAUGUCAAGUAUAAUUAAACAAGCCAGGCAAAUGUAAAUGUGCAAUCCCCACUUGCCCGUUGGGGGAUCAAGAGUUCCUGCCUACAUCUUCCAUCAUGCUCACAAAAACUAAGCCCCAAUGUUGUUCUGACUGCUGUGUGUUUGCAAGACUCAC